UAGCAGAAUUAAAAGAAAAAAAAUUAGAUUCAUUCGAAGCUAUCGAAGCACAUGAUAAAAAAGCAAAACAAACACUUAUUCAAUUAGCACAACAAGCUAAACCAAUUAAAAUGGAAGGUAAUAAUAUUGCACUUUUUGGUUUGACAUCAACUGGAAAAUCAACAAUGCUUAAUAGUCUUCUUGGUGAAAAAAAAGCUGCAACAGGUGCUGGAGAAACAACUAUAGAAGUUUCAUCUUAUUCUGGUAGAGAUUUCAUUCUUUGGGAUAUACCUGGUCGAAAUGAUGAAGUAACAUAUAUGAGUAUGCAAUAUAUAUCAUUUUUCAAAGGAUUAACACGACGUCUCAUUCUUGUUCAAUCUACAAUCAAAGAAAAUUCAAGUAUAAUGAAAUUUUUAGAUGCAAUCGAACUUCAUUAUGAUAUUGUUGUGAACAAAAUGGAUCGUAUUGAAGAAGAAGAACGAGUAGAAUUUUGUGAACAAAUACGAAAAGAAAUUUCAAAAAUUGGUUUGAAAUGUGUAGGUCGUGUAUUUUUUGUUAGUGCGAAAUAUCCUGCACAAUUUCCUGAUUGGCUCGAAAUGGUCAAGUAUCUAAAACAUUAUUAA